ACGAUUUUCAAACCUGGCUGCUUGCCUGGGAGCGCGAGGCCGCCUAGCCACAUUCUGUUGUAAGUAGAGCUGUGGCCCUGUUCAGGGUACCAACUUCUCGCGCCAGCAGGGCUGAUUUCUAAAGGUGGGCUGCCCCGUAGGCUCCCCCCACAUAAGAGCAAAUGGCCGACAACUUGCGCCGCCGCCGCCAGGGCGUGCGCUUCGAUGACGACGACGAAGAUUACGACGCUGUCAAGCAGGGCAGCGACGACGACGAUGGCCGGCGCCGGCCAACGGCGGCCAAGGUCUUCGCCGCGCGGAAGAGCCUGGGCUACUCGGACGACGACGAGGACACAACACCAGCGGCGCCGGCGCCGAAGUGGGCCGAACGCGUCGUCGCGGUCGUCGACGCUAUUGUGAUUGCCGCGGCGCCGUACGCGGACAAAGCCAUGACCCUCGCGGAAGAUGCCGUGGCCGUCGCCGCGCCGGUCGCGCGCCGGGUCUACGGUGUCGCGACGGCGCGCGUCACGCGUGAGGGCCUCGCAAUCGCGACGGGCCUCUUCGUCUGCCUCUUUGGGGGGUCCUUCGUGCGGCUGAUCGCCGUGGCGGAGGCGCUGCACGUGACGGGCGCGUACGCCACCGCGGCCACGGCGCUGGCCGAGCUGCGGGAGCAUGUGGAAGUUGUCGCCGAGGCGGAGAAGACUGACGGGCGGCGCAAGUCCAUGGCCGUGCUGCGGAAGGAGCGUCAGUGCCGAUGCGGCGUGGAACUCGGGGCCUUCACUUUGCUUUGGGUCAUCCUCCCACGCACGCCAUCGACGCCGGUUUCUACGCAGAUACAAGCGCAUUGCCUCGCGGAAGAUCUCGGUCUACGCGUCGGCCAUCCGGAACCCGGCGGCGCUCACGGCGUCGCUCGCGUCCCUUUGGUCUGCGGCCGCGACGGUAGCGGCGGCGCUGCGCAUCACCUUCGCGCGGACGCUGGUCCUGGGCGUAAGCGUCGCAGCGACGGUCUCGCCGGCGAUGCGGAGAGAUUUUGCGCCCGCCGUCGCCGCGACCCUGAAGCCGAUGCAUAGGCAAUGGGCACCGACGAUUAUUGAUGUAUGCGUCCGGGCGGUCUGCGUCGCGAUCGCCUGGCGGCUCCAGCGCGUGUUCAGCGCGUGGCACUCGGCCGCGAGAGGCGGCGUCGCGUGCGCGAAGGCGCUGGGCCGGGUCCUGAAGCGCAAGGGCUGGGUGCCGGCGCGCAUCGCGCUCGCGUCGGACGAGGAGCCCUACCGGGGAACGGACUCGACGGGGCCCGUCAUCGGGGGGCUCUACGCGGACGAGGUGGUCGGGUUCGUGCUCGCGGCGUGCGGGCUGCGCCUGCAGUUGUCGCGGUCGUUCGGGCUACCCCUCCUACUGCGUCUUGUGUUGCUGCCCGCGCUCGCGCUCGAGGGGGUGCUCGCGCUGCUGUUCCUCGGGCUCGGGCCGUAGGUCCCCUCGUUUUGUAACGAUUUUCUUGCUUGU